AGCAAGCACCUUAGAGGCCAGCAAGAUUUUGGGGGUGUACAUUUUCGAGAGUUAAAGCUGUCUUUGUGUUACAAAGCGAGGUCAGACGAAGCCCCCCGGAUACCCUGAAAAUCUUGUUGGUGUCUGAAGCGUGGCCACUCUUAUAUCCGGCUGUUGUACUGCAGAGCAACCCGGCUACCCUGUGGAACUCUCUGUGUUGUCCCACACCUGGGUCCUGAGAUGCCGGGGAGAAAGGUGGGCCUAUGCGAUAGAAAUAUUUUCGACCAACCAGAGAACGGUGCUUCGUUUCAGUCUUUUGCCGACCUGCCUCACCGGCCGCUGCUGGUGGAACUGACUGUGGAGGAGGGCCAGCGGCUCAAAGUGAUCUACGGGUCCUGUGCCGGUUUCCAUGCCAUAGAUGUGGACUCCGGCAACACCUACGACAUCUACAUCCCAGUGCAUAUCCAGUCCCAAAUCUCCCCCCAUGCCAUCAUCUUCCUGCCCAACACUGAAGGGAUGGAAAUGCUGCUCUGCUACGAGGACGAAGGCGUCUACGUCAACACCUACGGUCGCAUCAUCAAGGACGUGGUGCUGCAAUGGGGGGAGAUGCCCACCUCUGUUGCUUACAUCUGCUCCAAUCAAAUCAUGGGUUGGGGGGAGAAAGCCAUUGAAAUCCGCUCCGUGGAGACGGGCCACCUGGACGGGGUCUUCAUGCACAAACGGGCCCAGCGCCUGAAGUUCUUGUGUGAGCGGAACGACAAGGUCUUCUUCGCCUCGGUGCGCUCCGGAGGCAGCAGCCAGGUCUACUUCAUGACGCUGAACAGAAACUGCAUUAUGAACUGGUGAAGGAGGGGCCUCCUCCUGUCCCCCCAGCCCACCCCCAUCUCCUGUGCUGCAGAGGCCAGGAGGCAGAGAGGGAGAGGAAGGAGGGGCCGACGCCCCGCCCCUGCUGAGCCACCAUAGAUAGCCCUGACACCGAGGCCUUGGCAGCCCUUUCCCUGGUCUGCCCUUUAUGGGAGGGGCUGGUCCUCCUACCUCCGGCAAAAAGGGGAGACGUUGGGAGUUUGUGGGGAGGGAAGUUUUAGGAAAAAGUGUGUGCCCCCCCCCCCGGCCACACAUGCAUGCCGUGCGUGCGCACACACCGUCAGGGGAUGGGGUGGGGGUGGGUGACAAAUAGCCCCCUGCCCCCCCCCCCCACCUCCAGUGCUGAAGCAGCAUUUUGCCGCCUGGGGAGUGGGGGAGCCUUUGGUGUUUAGAGGCAAAACCUCCACAGAAGCCCAGUUGCAGAGGAAUCCUCACCCGCUCCUCCGCCUUCCCAGAGCCCAGGCACCGUCUCCCGUGCCCUCUGCACAUGCUCUCCUCCUCCCUGCCGCCCACAGCUCCCUGUUCUCCCCCACUUCUGCCCCCCUCCCCUCCCCCCGCCCCGCUGCCUUCCCUGGCCAGCAGCACGACUUCGUGAGCACACGGCACCCACCCCUGCACCCUCCCGUGGCAUGUACCCCAAACACCCCCCUCCCAAGUCGCUUUUUCUCUUGCACACUGGGGUUCCUCGGGGGUGCCCUCUCCUCAGCCAUGCUCCGGGGGCACCACUGCCCUGGCACUCGGCCACCCCAAGAGGCACAGGAUGGCGUGUGUGGACCGGCAGACACCGUGGGUAGGAAUUCUCUCGUCCCUCCCCCCCCCCCACAUGGGAGGAGCUAUGUAUAUUUUGCUUUCAUCUUUAUUUUGUAAUGGUGAUUAUGUAAUUGACUAACAAAGCACUUUAAUGACCUCCCCCAAUCAGGGAGGUUAGUGGGGUUUGCCUGGGGGCGGGGGGAGGUUCAGGGGGAGACCCCUUGGCAGGGGUCUCUGCCACCCCACCUGAGGCAGCACCAUGGCUUGCUUGCCCUCCCCUGCUCCAGCUGGGUUUGGAGUCUCACUCUGGGGCAGUCGGCGGAGGAGGUAGGAGCCCCCCCCCCCCGGGUGAUUGGGUUUCUUGUGUGUUUUUGCUUGCGUUUGUAUAUACCCCUCUGUUCUCAGCCCCGCCAGAAACCGCCCCACCGAUCAGCCCUCCGCGGGGGUGGCUGCCGGGGCCUCUUCUGUUAAUAAAAGAGCCAAAUGUC